CGAAGAACGGUUCUAACAUGCCCUAGGGGCACCACAGUAGUAGAUCGCAGCCAGUACGCGGCUUAUAAUCUCCGUUUCCAACCACUGCCAAUGAAAAAUUCAUACACCGUGGCUAAACCGAGUUAUUUCGUAAUGAUAAUAAUUUUGCCUUCUUCGCUGUUUGCUUGUCAUGUACAGAAACACAAGGAAUAGUCCAAAUAAGCCUACAUCCGCAUUCCACAUGGGGACUCCAGUAUCGCCCCUAUCACUCUGCAUGCAAUGGCCCAGUUUUCGCCGGACAGCUGGACGCCAGCGGUCAAUGUCUUGACCUGGUUUCUACUAGUGACGGCAACUUUGAGCGUAAUCACUCGACUGGGGACCAAAUACUGGAUCUUUCGCAAGUUCACUGAAGAUGAUUACUUCAGUAUCGCUUCAUUGGUACUCUGCGCUGCGCAAUCCAUCGCCGUGUCGAUGGCGACUGCCAACGGGUAUGGGGAGCAUUAUGAGAGUUUGAGUAGUUCUAGCAUUGAAGCAAUGAUGAAGUCGCAAUACUCAGCAAAUAUCCUCUUCAUCCUCAGCAUGUGUUUCUCUAAACUCGCUCUGAUCAGCUUUAUCGAUAACUUGACGCCUGCUUCUACAGACCACCGCAUCGCGGUUGGCCUGAAAAUGUCUACUCUUGUAUGGGGGGUGAUUGGCCUCAUAACCUCAGCUUUCCAAUGCAAACCACCUCGAACUUGGGAUUAUCUGCAUGGGAAAUGCUUUAACAUUAAUGUCUGGUGGAAUUAUCUUGGCAGCACGAAUAUCUUGUCAGAAUGUGGUAUGAUGAUACAGGCAAUGCUAGUGAUUGUACGCAUUCAGACGCAUCUUAAGAAAAAGGCCGUCUUGGCCGGAGUGUUCAUGCUUCGGGUCGCAGUCAUGAUUAUGAUUAUCUGUCAGCUGGUCUAUGCUAGUAAAACCGUCGAUUCGCGCGACCCAUCCCAUGAGACUUGGCCCGUGGCGAUAUCCACGCAGCUAGUUCAGUCUUUAAGCAUUGUCACGGCCUGCUCGCCCCAAUUCAAACCAUUUCUCGACAGUCUGCGCUCAACGGGGAUGCGCCUUGGUGGACUGACAAGUUACGGUCACUCGCAAAAGGGAUACGGCUCAUACUCUGCUUCACGUCGACGAGGCACGGUUCGCAGCGAUGUGCAUGAGCUUGUCCCCCUACCGAUACAGGACACCCACCAGGCUACUAUAACUAGCUCGACGCCAUCGCUGGGCUGGGAUGGAGAAAGUCAGUCGAGCCAGACGCACAUAAUCCGAGAGACUAGGACUUGGACUGUGACCGAAGUACGGCGUAGUUUCGCCGAGAAUGCCAAGUGAUGCGGUCGCAUUUUAGUUUUCUUUUAAUGUCACGGUAAAUAUUGGAUGACAUGAAUACUACUCCGGAGUAUAUUAAAUGUCUUUCCACUCCAUACACUAUUUCUCUUUGUGGACGUGGGUUUUGCCCAAUGGCAGGAGUCGUAGGAUACAAGAUCCAGGGUCAGUCCCACAAGGUUUUCCACUUAUAUUGGGAUACAUACUAAUUCCACCGAUGGGAGCCGGGCGGGAGUCCUUGGCAUUCUCGAAUCUAGCUCAACAAACUAAAUAUCUUAGGGGCGUGUUCAGGAUUUUAGCGGUACAACGGGACGUGCUGUUUGGGUUGAUCGCGAAUUGUUCGUUGUGGGGCGGCAGGGGUACAACCGCGAGUGAUAUACAGCCUCAUGUGACAGAGCAUCAGUUUAGUCCUAUUAGAUAUUAGUACGUGUUCAACACAGACCUGAGUCCGUCUGAGGUAGUGUUCGGGGAGGCCAACCCUCCGCGGAUGCUACGAUGCAGAGACAUCGCCAGACGUCUU